AGUACGGUAGAGUUGUUUUUGUGCGUGUGCGUAUCUAGUGUAUGUUAGUGAAUUUUAUUCUUGUGAUAAUAUCGUUUCAAUUUAGUGAAAAUUUAUUGACAGGAACCAUAUUUUAUACUACUUCAAAGGGAGACUUACAUCUGAGUCGCCAAUCAAGGAAACGGACCGCAGGCCCGAUGUGACCUCGUGCCAUGUCCGACCCAGGCGAGGACGGCACCGCCUCUACCGAAGACGUGGGUCCGUACCGCAGCGUGGAGAUCUCGCCGUACCCUCACAUCUCCCGCAAAGAGAUGGCGCGGGACUCCCCCAUGGGCAGCCCGGCGCUGUCCCGCCGCAACCAGCUCAACAACUACCACCACCACCACCAGGCGCAGCACCAUCAGCUCGACCCCAACCUGCAGGAGGACGCCUUCCAACAGCAGAUACUGCAGCUGAAGAAGCAGCAGCACCUGCAGCACCAGCUGCUGCUCCAGCACUUCCAUGUGCAGCAGCAGCAGCUGGCGGAGCAGCACGAGCAGCAGCUGCGGCAGCAUAUCCAGUACGCCUAUAUGUCCCAGGAGCUGUGGGAGCAGCAGAGGCAGCUGGAGGAGCAGGAGCGCAGGGAGAAGGAGAAGCUGGAGGCGCUCAAGAAGAAGGACAAGCACGAGCAGAGCGCCGUCGCCUCCUCCGAGGUCAAGCAGAAGCUGCAGGGCUUCCUCCUGAGCAAGAAGCAGCGGGAGGCUGCCGCGGCCGCCAACGGCGCAGUCGUGGGGCCCCAGGGCUACUGCAGCUGGACCGCCCUUCAGGGCUCGCAGGGGGCGGAGCCCGGCAGCUCGGGGCUGACCGCGGGACACCCUCACCCGCACCCCUACCGCAUGCCCCCCCUGCUGCCCGCCGGCCAGUACGAGUCCGAGGACUUCCCGCUCCGCAAGACAGCGUCCGAGCCCAACCUGCUGAAAGUGCGCCUGAAACAGAGGGUGAUAGAGCGGCGCGCCAGCCCGCUGGGGCGGCACCACCGGAGCCGCCUGCUCGCCGCCAUGAAGAGGAAGUCCCAGCUCGCAAAUGCCAACAGCAGCAACCAGGAGUCGGGACCGAACUCCCCGCCCAGCUCGUCCAACACCCAGUCGUCCCCCACGGCCGGCCGCAACACGCCCAUUCAGGAGGAAGGCGACGGCUCGAGCUACGGGCAGCUGGCCAACAGCCGCCAGGACAGCAUCAGCGACCUGUCCCUCUACAGCAGCCCUUCCAUGCCCAACAUCUCGCUGGGCCGCCCGCCCGCCCACUCCUCCUCUGACGGCGCGAAGCUGGCUUCGGUGUCGGAGGCGGAGGUGCGGGCGGCGUUUACAGCGCGGCUCGGCAUGCCGCUCACCGGCCAGAUGCUCAGCACCAACCUGCCGUUCUUCCCCACGCUGCCAGCGAUAGACGGCGAGUUCAGCAGCCCGAGCUCCCCCAGCUACGUCCACAAGCAGAUGGCGUCCCUGGAGCAGCAGGCCGCUCCCCCCGGCCUGGUGCCCGGGAUGUACCACGGCGCGCCCAUCACCGACACGCAGGUGGCGCACGCCCGGCUCAACAAGCAGGGACACCGGCCGCUGGGGCGCACGCAGUCCGCCCCGCUGCCCCUGGGACACCCCAUGCUGGCGGGGCCGGCCGGCAUGGGGCUGGUGCCCCACUACGAGGAGUACUCCGGCGAGAAGCCCCUCAUGGACCCGCAGCAGGCUCACAACUUCCUCAAGCAGCAAAUCCGACAGACGGUGCUGACGCGGGCGGGUAGGCAGUCCGGCAGCACGCAGCUGGAAGAAGCGCCAGAGACGGACGAGUGCUCGGAGGUGAUAGAUCUGACGGACAAGAAGUCUGAGGAGAGUGAAAUCUCGAAGCAGCAGCGCGAGCGGGAGCAGUUCCUACAGCAGCAGAGGGAUCUGAUGAUGCGACACACGCUGCAAGUCACCGAGACAGCAGGCCCGGCGCCGGGCCCGAGGGCGUGCCACGCGGCGCGGCCGCUCUCCCGCGCGCUGUCCAGCCCGCUGGUGGCGCUGGGGCCCCCGGAGGCCGGCCACCACGGCUGCAAGGCCACCACGGGGCUGGCCUACGACAGCCUCAUGCUGAAGCACGCCUGCGAGUGCGGGGACAACUCGAGCCACCCGGAGCACGGCGGCCGCCUGCAGAGCGUGUGGGCGCGCCUGGUGGAGACGGGGCUGGCGCAGCGCUGCGACCGCGUGCGCUCCCGCAAGGCCGCCUUCGAGGAGCUGCAGUGCUGCCACAGCGAGGCCCACGCCCUGCUCUUCGGCACGAACCCCCUGAACCGGCAGAAGCUGGACAUGAGCAAGCUGUCGCAGCUGCCCAUCAAGAGCUUCGUGCGGCUGCCGUGCGGGGGAGUGGGCGUGGACUCGGACACCACCUGGAACGAGCUGCACACGGCGCCCGCGGCACGCAUGGCCGUGGGCUGCGUGGUCGACCUCGCCUUCAAGGCUGCGACGGGCAGCGUGAGGAACGGCUUCGCCAUCGUGCGGCCGCCGGGCCACCACGCCGAGAUGUCCCAGGCCAUGGGCUUCUGCUUCUUCAACUCGGUGGCCAUCGCCGCCCGCCUGCUGCAGCAGAAGCUGGACGUGCGGAGGAUCCUCAUCGUCGACUGGGACGUCCACCACGGUAACGGCACCCAGCAGAUGUUCUACGAGGACCACCGGAUACUGUACCUGUCGAUACACCGCCACGACGACGGCAACUUCUUCCCGGGCACGGGCGGCCCCGCUGAGUGUGGCGUGGGGGAGGGCCUGGGGUUCAACGUGAACGUGUCGUGGUCCGGGGGCCUGAACCCGCCCAUGGGCGACGCCGAGUACUUGGCCGCAUUCCGCACCAUCGUCAUGCCCAUCGCGAAGGAGUUCUGCCCCGACGUGGUGCUGGUGUCGGCGGGCUUCGACGCGGCGGCCGGCCACCCGGCCCCGCUGGGCGGCUACAAGGUGUCCCCGGCCUGCUUCGGCCACAUGACGCAGCAGCUCCUGCAGCUGGCCGACGGCAAGGUGGUGCUCUCGCUGGAGGGCGGCUACGACCUGCCGUCCAUCUGCGACUCGGCGCAGGAGUGCGUGCGCGCGCUGCUGGGCGACGAGCCCGGCGCGCUCCGCGAGGAGGAGCUGAGGCGGCCGCCGUGCCAGAACGCCAUCGACACGCUGCAGAAGACCGUGGCCAUACAGCUGUGCCACUGGCCGUGCAUCAAGCGCACGGAGCACCUGGCCCACUGCUCCGCCCUGGAGGCCAUGCAGAAGGAGCGGGACGAGUCGGAGACGGUGACCGCCAUGGCUGGCCUCUCCAUGAAGCAGCAGGCCAGCACGAUACAGAGUCCCAAACAUUCCCGAGACACGUCGGAGGAGCCGAUGGAAGAGGACGACGCCAAGUGAAGCGGGCGGGCGCGGGUGAAUUAUCGGUUCUGAUCGCUGGCUGGCAGCGAAGCGCGCCCUAGCGCGAGCCUUCGCGACCUUUGCUGCCCCGGGAGUCGGGGUCGGUCAGUCGCACGGCGCUCACUGAAUUGCCAAAAAAAAAAAAUGUUAAAUGAAUGAAUGAAUGAAAAUUGUGGACUGCCCUUGAGAUGUCGGGAGUUCCGCUGCAGUCGGGCGACUCUCGGCGAGCGAAAUGGCUGUGGGGGAUGGGGAUGUGGUGCGCUCAGCGUGUCUCGCUGUGGUUUGGUCAAUGUUGGUGCUUCGGGCUGCUCAAGAUUUUUUGUGGUUUAUUGAAUUGCCAGGGUUUGUAGUACAGCUGCUGCCACUACUACCUACAAUUGUUUUUAUCACACGCAGAAUGUAUUUCCUCCUCCCGUUCUGAUCUUCAGUGCGGAGAAGGAGGAGGUUGUUGUUUUCAAAGCUGCGAGUCCCAUUCAACAGUGCGAGCAAAAUUUUUAAACUGUAAAAAUCAGGUACGAGGGAAACCAUUUUGUUAGUAUGUAUAAGAUUGUGGAAGGGUAAUGGAUCAGUGUCCUUAUGAUACAUGGCAACGAAAACUGCAAGAAUAAACCCUUGGUUCCAGCCUUUUGUACAAGCGAAUUUGGACCAAUUUUGAAAUGAGAACUAUUCCUCAAAAUGAGGGUUGAACUGUUUAUUGAGAACAUUUUCUUAUACGACAAAAGACAGUAGGGUUAGAUGUUACGGUGUAUAGCAUCAAAGCGAUUUGUGUUGUAAUUGUAUGUAUUUUAAUUGUGUACUGUAAGUGCAGGACACUUGAAAGUAUUUUUUUUUUUUGUGAUUUGGAUAUAUGAAAAUAAUAUAUUUCAGAUGUAUUCAGCGAAUUCGCCAUCCUGUAGUUGUGCUAGACAGAGAUAUAUUUGUGACAUCUCUCCCUCUUGUGUGGGACAGAUGUGUGCAGUGUUGCGUAGAGAUGUAAUUGAUGUAAGUAUAUUUUUAAGAAAAGAAACGUAAUGUAUCAUCGCUUUAUAUUGUUCAUGGACUGACUUUUUUAGAUGUUGUAUAAUGAAAUUGAAACAAACUCAUAACUAGAGCAUUUAUUUUUGUGCGAUGCAUUUUGAAAAUUUGCAGAUGGCCAAUUUUUGUAAGAGAAAUGUUGUUAAAUAAGUUUUGGCAAAUGUUAGCCAUUAUAUUGCUCUCUGUACAGUUUGCAUAAUAUUGAACAUGUACACUACUUAUCUAUUUAAUCAUCUGUUAUUUGGUAUAAAAUAUUUAUCUUGGGAGGAGUUUGUUUAAAAAAAAAUUUCCCCAAAUACUUGUUGAAUGUUUAGAGUGUAAGACAGGAAAAAUAUAUUUGUCGUUGCAUGAUACAGAUAAGUUAAUGGUUGUGACAAAAUAAUUGGAGAAGUAUUUGAUUAAAAUUUUUAUUUUAUUGUGGAUUUUUAUACUUGUAAACAUUCCUAACUGAAUAUAGCAAGUUUUGCAUAGUUUUAAAUUUGUUUGCUAUGUGUAGUAAACUUUCAAAUUUUAUGAUGUUCCAAGUAGAUUUCACAAUUCAUUUGUUUGUCAGCUAACAGAGUGUAAGUAUAUAUUGUGGCUCAGUUGUGCAAGAAAAUAAAUAUCAGCUCUUUGGUAAAUGUAAGCAUUACCUUACACCUACUUGAUCAAAAGGCAAUGUAAAAGUUUGUAUGUCAGUAUUAACACAUUUUUUUCUUACUAUAUAUGGUUUUAGGAAGAGAUUGCAAGUGUUUUAGUUGGAAUUUUACAAUGAAUUAAAACUGUAUUAGUUCUGUUGCCAUUUAAUGUAAAAAUUUAAUCAUUUAAAGUAAAUACAGAAAAAAAACAUGAAAGUUAACAGGUUAGUUACAAUUUGUUUUAUUUAAAGUAUAUGUACUUGACAGUGAUGUGUAACAUCUAAUAUAUCAUUUCACAAACUAUGUAUUAACACAACACAUAUUUUAUAAUACUUAUAAAAUUAUUGUACUUAUAUUAUACAUUAUAAUUUCACAGCGUAUUUAUUACGUAUUAUAAAAGCCACGUGGCAAUGCGUUGUGCUGUUCAAGACUUCUGUUCAGCUGAACGAACAGUAAACAGGUAAAUGGUGAACAUCUGUCAAGUUGUCUUUCUCCCUUUCUUUACAAACGCCAUGGAAAUGUUUGCGCCAACUGUAGCCGCACUGAAAAAUUGAAUUGAGCGCACUUCUCCCUAUUUCUACUAUACAUUUCCGUUCUUCGACUUCCUUCUCAUUCGCGAAAUUACCAUUUACCGAGAGGCAAGAUGUUACACAUCAGAAAUUACUUAUAAAUUUGUGGCAUGACAAAGAGAAUCAGUAACAUUUUUGCAACCUCUUCACAUUACCAUGUUUUUGCAUUUUGUAUAAUAACAAAUUCUUGCGAUCUUUGCUAUCAGUGAAUGAUUUACUGAUUUGGAUUUUAAAUUGCAGUGUGCGGUUUCACCAUUAAUUAAUUUCUUACUUGAUUGAUGGUAGAUUUUUGUGUGGUUUGGUGUUAUUUCCACUUUGUCUCGGUACUAUUACAUUUACUGCCAAAACGUUCUGGGAUUCUCCGAACGAAUAAUUUUCUCACAGUGCAGUCAGUAAUGUUACAAUUUAAUUUUUUUACUGUCCAUUAGAGCAUACAUUGUUGCUGUUUAUCGUACUGUGAGGUAUCAUCGGAUGCUAUUCGGUUUUCCUCAUAAAUUUUUACCAAUAAAUAUAUUUUGUGCAACAUAUCUUUCAGCUUUUUGAACGUGAGCCUUUUUUAGAAUCAUUUUAAGCUAUUCACUUGUGGAGGUAUGUUCGUCUCCCAGUACCGCUACAAUAAACAGCAGCAAAUUCUCUCACACCAUAGUUUUAUUUGAAAUUUAAAAGACUGCAAGGUGUUGCCAGGGAGUGUUCAUGUUACACUGCACUUUUUUUGACACUUCUGUAACGUAUCUACCCUCAUCUUGCGAGUAGCAACAUGUUUUAUACCUGGUUUGAGAACUAGGACAGGGUUCUUUUUUGCUCCCUCUCUCUUGUAAAGUGAUCUUCUCGCUGUGAGCUUGCAACAUGGGUUGUCAGUCUGUUCAUGCCCCUCCACAUACGUCACAAAGUGGUGCGUGUCAAGCAAUUAUAAAGUCAACCAAUGAACUGCACUUACAGCCAAAUCUUAAAAAAAAAAAUAACAAAGAAAUGUUUUACAGCAAGCAGAUGACUCCCCUCCCUCCUUUUCUAGUUUUGUACAAGAUCAUUCAAGGCCAAGCUAUGAAGCUGGAAAAAUUUUUACCACCAUUUUUUAUGAAACAAAAUCUUUGUUUCUUAUCAUUCAGCAUAACGACUUAUGUUAGUGGAUAUACUCUUUAUCUGUACAAAAUAUUUGUCACCUCUUGUAAUGCAUGUAUUGAACUUGUAAUUUUGUAAAUGUACGUCCUCGUGCUGCUGGCAAGCAAAUGAGGACUCGUCACGAGGUAUUUUGAAUGUUGUUGACACGUGGAAGAUACCGGCGGGCCGGUUCUUUUUGAAACCACGUAUUUUGCAGUUUAUCAGCCGUUUUACGACUUUUGUAAUGGCCGGUCCACAGUUCCGUGUUCUUUGACCUCUGUAGCACCACUCACUGGCUGUUGCUACUUCGAUGGCUGCGGCCCCCCUCCGGCUUACCACGAUUUAACGGGCACUUUAGUUUUUUUUUUUUUGCAUCCGUCAAGUUGUCACCCUGUUGCCAUGUGUUCGGUGGUCAAACGAGCUUGAGCUCUCCCAGUCAUUAGUGACUGAAUGUAUAUCCUGUCAGUCAUUUCACAGACCUUUGCACACUGUUAGCACGUUUUUGUUAAGGAUGUUUCAAUUGCACAUCCGUUUUACCUCUCAUCAGAGAAAUCUAAUCUUUAAGUGUUCUAAGAAUAUGAUGCUAAUUUGUACGUAGGUAUUUCUCCUAGUUAUUGUAGUUUUAUUAGUAAAUAUUUUCCUUAUGGCGUGGUUUAUUUGAUCUAUUAAGUCGCAAAUUAGAAACUAGCAGCAAAUGCACUUGACUUAAUUAUGACAUUCUUUUUAAUAUUCUAUAUUUCAAACAGUAUACCACCAGAAGAACAAUAUUAAUUAAUCAUCCUACAUGAUCAUUUGUAAAUAUUAGAGUGCAUUAAAAAAAAGGCGUGGUUUUAUCUUAUCCAGUGUAAACAUUCUCCUAGUUACUGUUUGUGUGUUGCAGUGAUGACAGCUACAUUAAAGCACAAUUUGUUCCAUUUUGGCACACACAAACCGAGAGCCAUUUUUAAAUACGUAACUUACACAAGUUUUGGAGAGAUAUUUUACUCUAGCAGCUAGAAUAGCGAUUUUGAGAUGAAAAGUGAAAAAGUUGCCACCAAGGUUUAACUUACUGUACAAUAAAUUUAUAAGCUAUCUCUGCUUUGUAUGCAGUAUUUUGAGGUUAAAAUAGUUGUUACAGUUAAUGGAUUUUAAAUAUUUUUUUUUGCAUUUGAAAAAAAAAUUACAUGACUCAUUAUCAUUUUUAGGCUAUACUGGUUUUUUACUAUGGAUAUUUUUAUGCUUAGGUGGUGCUAGAAAAUGUUACACGCGAAUUAUGGGCAUGGUUGUUAAGUUUAUGCGUACAUUUAGGAAUCAAUGUAAACAACGUCAAAACAUUUUUGCAAGAAAAAGUUAUACAAUUUCAAGGUAGCACAUUUAACUUUCCUGACAGAACACUCAAACAAAUUGUAUCAAUUACUUUUAUUUUUGUAAAUCUUCAGAAAAUGAAAAACAUUCAAAAUGUGUUUUGUUUUUCAACAGAAAAAGUUUUAUUUACUAAGAGGAACAGUAACAUUAAAGAUAACUUACUUAAAUUAAGAAAACAAUAUUGUAAUCCUAUGCUUAACAGUUCACUGAUUUUCAGGCGUAAUUUAUGUGUGAAGAAUUUUUUAAUUAUAAAAAGUGCCCUAUUUCUACUCUGGCUUAUCCAUUUAACACAACAAACAGCAAACUAUAUAUCAUUAUCUUCAAAACACACUCGUGACACUAACCAACAAUAUGCGAGUUGAAAGAAAAAUAAACUUCAAAGGGUCCUUAAAAAUAAAACUUUAAAUCAUAAGUUUUCUACGGUCUUAUUUAUCAUCUAAAGUUUUGUAACACAAAAUAACUGAUAAGUUUUAUACUUGUGAUGUGUAUAAAUUAUACCUGUAUAUUUAAUUUUGCACCAUGAUAGCAAAUUAUAAAAAUUUAUAAAAGAUAAGAACUGGACCACACCAUAUUGGUUUCAACAGAUUUUAGGCCAUAAUAAAUUUCUGUCUAAUUUCCAAAAGUUGGCUUCAUUUAAACAUAGUGUACAACCUAAUGGCAUGUCUCAAGUGAAAAGUGACUGGCUAUUACAAGUAAGAUAACUCUGUGAAAUCAUUACCAUUUACUACAUCUUAAUGAAGGCAAAUUUUCAAUAAUAAACUAUAAAAAUCUGUUAUGGCAUAAAACUUUUUGAAUCAAUAUGGCAUAUGUAUUUUGAUUCCUGUAACUUAAUGAAGGGAAAUUUUCAAUGAUAAACUAUAAAAAUCUGAUAUGGCAUAAAACUUUUUUGAAUCAAUAUGGCAUAUGUAUUUUGAUUCCUUUAUCUCCCCUUAAGUGAUAAACGUAAUUUUCUUGUUUCAUAGUUACGUACAAGCUUUAUUUAUAAUUCUGUUCGGAUUGCCUGAAGAUAUUUUUUUCUUUCAAAACUUUCAAAUUGUGUAUCAUAUCCAAAGUGUCUUUACCUUGUAAAUACUUUUAGCCCAGUUCACUAUAACUAUAAGGGCUUGAUUUUCUUGUAUACUUAGUCAUUUUUAUAUUACUGAAUGCUAUAGAUAUAGGGAAAUUUAAAAAUUACUUUCACAUCCACAUCCAAGAUGCUCAGUUUUUUUAAAUCAUAGUAGACCUGCACUUAAACAUUUCAGAUGUUCAUCAAAAAAUAAUUUUUGAUGGCGUGCCACUUGGGCUAAAAAUUUUGGAAUAUUUUUGUUCCCCGCUUAUUGUAUUUCUAAUGACCAAUGCUUGCCAUACUUUAAAUUGUGUAUCACUAAGCACAUCUCUAAUAUCGAAAGUGAAAUGUUUAUUUGACUUUUAGUGUCUGCAACGGUUACAUUUAAAAAUUGUGUUUGUUUUCAUACAGUUCCCAGGUGCCUAGAGUUGGAUUUGAAGCAAGACCAUACACCCUGACACAUUUUCCACCCGGAUUAGCUUGUGUCCACAUCUUCACUAGUUCGUCAAUCCAAAACUUAAAAUAAUAGUUAACAUGAAUGAAUAGAAAAUACACUCUUUUUUACAAAAGAAAGUUAAUUAUUUUUCCCCUCUUUACUGUAAGAACUUUUAUUUUAGAGUAGGUCUAAUUUUUCUGUACAUACCAAGCUCAUAAUUUUUUUUAUUAGAUUCAGAGAUGUACUAUUUAUUGCUAAAAAAUAAUUUUAAGGGCUAAGUGGCAAUGUCUUUGAAGAAAAAUUUGUAAUUUAUUAUUAUUAUUUUUUGCAUUAAAAUUGUUAAAUGUAGUUGGUUAAAAAGUUAUGUUGUAAUAUAAGUGUUGGGGAAUUUAUUGUAAUAGGUACACAAUUUACACGCGUAUGAAAACAGCCUUUGCUCAGUGUGUUUGGUAAAGCACAAUGCUGCCAUAAGUUUUUCAGUAUUUCCAUAAACUUGACACUUUCAUUUGGUAGACUUAUUAAUCCUUCACUAGAUAUGAAAUUUUAAAUAAACAUAAUGGUACGUAGCUUGAAUGGAAUUUAAAGUGAAUGAAAUGUUUUAUAUUAUAUAUCACAUGUAACCAAUUCUUGUCCAUAACCAAUAUGGUACAAUUUUUAAGAUGUGCUGUACAUCAACAGAUAUAGCGCUUUAUGUACAUAUUCAGAUAUACGUAUAUGUAUAUAUAUAUUUGUGGUAUGUUUAGUUUUUCGUCGGACUAGUGGAAUUGUUUUCAUCAUUUGCAUUGAAAUCAUGUGUUCAAUUUGUAGUCAUAUUAGUUUUACUAAGUGUGUAUUAUAUGAAUACGAGAAAUAUUUUUUAUUGUUCUAACCAGUCAAUGUUCGAAAGUAAACAUUGCUUGUUAAAAAUGUACUGUAAAACAUAUUGUUUGUCAAUAAUAAUAAGGUUUCAGUUUACAGAUCCAUAUAUGAUUAUAUUUUUAAAAAAUGUUUAGUUUUGUCUUGCAGAGUUUUUAAGAGUUGUAAUGAUUUUUAAUAUUCUAUUAUCUGAAUUUUUGCUGCUGUUUUGAGAGAGCAAAUAUAUAUAUAUAUGAAUAUUGAUAAAUAAACCAAACUAUUUCU